UUACAAGAUUUGGUGAACAAAAACAAGACUGAUUCUGAUAUUUCCGCUUUACCAAAGCAACCUUGCGUAUCGGACGAGCUUACUGAUUAUGUAGAUGCCGACAGUGCUGGUGUUGAUAAUUCUUUUGUCAUACAAGAAUCGACUAAUCCUCGAACGAACAAUGGGAGCACUACCGAACCAAGGCCAAUUAAUCGUGAAGAAUACAAUAAUCAGUUUAAUGAGUUAAACGGGAAUGCUUCCGUAAAUCCUAUAGAAGUGAACCCAAAUAGUGCAUCCGCUGAUGUUUCUAUAGAAGAUAAUAAUA